GCGCGAUAUCAGUUGAAUUCCGUCCGCGUUCGGGUGCGGUUAAUUUACGCGGAAUCGACUUCUCGGAACGUUAUAAUGUCGAUACUAGCGGAGGAAGUGGAUGCUGGCGGUUGCUAAGCGUGCCGGAUUUCGGUGUUUACAUGCGUGUACCAUAGUCAAGUGCUCCGGGCCCCGGGCAAUUAUGGUGUCCCUUGUACUGCUACGGAUUUGGUGGAUUUCAUUAGCACUCUUCCUUACAUGCACCCUUGCCGAGCUGCCGAUGAGUUUGAAAAACCUAGCCGUGGAGAAUGUAGUUGUUACUGAAUGUUCCGAAUCAAAACCACCGCACAUCAACAGUAAGCAUCAUUGUUCCAUCAAGCAGGACGCUAGAAUGGUUUGCUUUCAUGGUCUAGACAGUCGUAAGACAUUGCACAAUCGCGCUUUGUUUAAUCGCACCCGGGAGCUUAUCCUGUGCCAGUGGGCUGCGAGCAGCUUCGAUCCUCGCGAACUGCUGGAUUUUGUUCCGAACGUGGAAAAUUUUGCGAUUACCGGCGAGAAUCUGUGGAAAAUUAGAGGCAUCUUUCCUGUGUUGCCCAAUCUUCGUGCGAUAAAUAUCACGGGGACAAAGUUGAACUAUACUGGAGAAACCGUGUUUCAACAAUUGCCCGCCUUGAAGGUGCUGAACAUGCGGGGAAAUGCGUUGGUGCAAAUUGUGCCGUUUAAGUUUCAAACUAAUGACGUCGAAAUAUACUUGCAAGGUAAUCCGUGGAACUGUACAAACGACAUGAUCUGGUUACUGGAAGAACAGAGUGGUUUCUAUGUUGAUAAAUCCCUGCUGGUGUGUAAGGACUGGAAAUACACCGGCCGUCCGAUGAUGAUGGCCAUGGAGUAUAAACGCGUCCUUCGGGAGCACUGUCGCCACGAGCAAAUCCAGAACUGCACCUGCCGCAUCUCGUACCUGCGACUGUGCGACAGCGGUACAUCGUUCCACCCGCUGGUUACCGUGAACUGUACGGGGAAGCAGUUCUAUCGGUUGCCCAGUUAUCUACCGCCGAAUACUACGGUGUUGCACAUGUCGAAUAAUCUAAUUAGUGACGUUAGUCAGUUAACUAACGACGAUUACUUUAUUCAAGUUCAGGACAUCUAUCUGGACAACAACCAAAUUACCUCUAUCGAUAUUUUAGAAGACAGUGCAUGGUUGGAUAAUUUCCGGAUUUUCAGUCUCCGUGGCAACCUAAUAAAUAGGAUCCGCGUGUACAGUAUGGAGCACGCGCUGGAACGAAACGCCCACGUCGGUCAACUUUUCCUGGCGUACAACCCGUGGCGCUGUGGGUGCCGAUUUGCCACCCGCAUGCAGGAAUUCCUUCGCAAACACGAAUCCGUGGUUGUCGAUUCGCGUAACAUCACCUGCUACACACUGGACGAGGAAGGACACAAGUCCUACCUGCCGGUGAUGACGCUGACGCCGAACGACGUGUGUCUGGCGUCCGAGGACAAUAGGGCAGCCGUUUACGACAUAUUAAGUGUGAUUUUUGCCUCAUUGAUUUUGCUCAUUGUCAGCAAACUGGCGUAUGAUUACUAUAUCUACCGAAAGUAUGGGAAACUACCGUGGCUGAUAAGGAAGAUGCCAUGAGAGUGUCGCGUAUCGGGGGCUUCGAAUCAUCGUUUUGUGAUAUCGGCAUUGUGACGCCGUGCAUGUUGCUCGGAUGCGUACUUACCUGAUUGGAGUGUAGCAUGUGUUUAACAAAUAAGAUAGUGAAAUUCAUUAGUGCCAAAAGUAGGGACUUUGUUUUGUACUUUAAAACUUUGAGCAAAAGGUGCAAAUAUUUACUCUUUAUCAGUGACGUAAACAGUAUUUUUGUGCGCAUGAGGAAUUUGGUGUGUACUAAACACAAAUACUCUUUUCGGCGGCAGUAUUCAAAACUUACUGUUGUUUCUCCUGCGGUGCUACAAAAACAAUUGAUAAAAUUCGGGUAGAUAUAGAACUUCACUUUUGCACAUUAUGCCUAAUUAUUAGUUCAUUAGUCUUACUGAAAUGCUCGUAUGAACUCUUUGUAUCCUUGUGGCGUUCAUAAUAAGUAGUUAAUAGAAUUAAGAAUAGUUUGAUGCCCAACACUAAAUGUUAAAUAUUUUUGAUUAGAAAUUUGCUAUCUAAGAAAUGACCUGACAUGUUAUAGUAGAUUAUUAUUUUUCCCUCUUUUUACUAACUUUUUAUUAAUCGUCCUAUGAAAAAAUGAAUCUGCUAAAAUAUGAAUUUAUUAUUUCCAUAUUAGCUGAUUGAAAAAAUAAAAGCGUUCCAAUCUAAUCAGUAGUUCCAGAUUAAUUCUAUUUGUUGAUUCAAUGAGACAUCAUGAGCAAAUACCCAAAUAUAGACCUUCUGUUUCGUCUCCCAGUUGAUCUUGAGGUACGACCUAACAAAAUUUGAAUCCACAGGCACAGUACUGUGCAUAUGGAUUCAAAUUUGUUUACUGGACGCUCAAUUGUUGAUCUGGCAGGACGGUUAUGACGACCAGAAAUUGGACGUAGCGCUCUUUAAGUUAAGGCCACUGACUCCGAUUUUCGAUAAUAAAUUUUAAUAAUCUCGAUUCUCGACUUGUUGUUGGAUCUUGUAGCUUUCCAUUCCAUUUCCCCGAAAUGGCAAACCUUACACACCACAUUCUUCAAUGUUAGGAGCAAAAGAUUGGAAUAAUAAUAGUGAGUUUUGUUUGGAAUGGAACAAUUUAUUUAAACUAAAUCGUUAAGUUUAUUAUAUUGCAGAGGUUCAAUAACCUUACAACGGACUUAGUCGACUUAAUGCUGAAUGGUCAAUGAGGUGCCUAAUUACGUGAUACCCUAGA